CCAGCAUCCCGGGGGGGCAGGGACAGCAGCGGGGGGGCAUUGACACCCCUACACCGGCUCCCCGGCAAACUGCCCCUGCCAGGUCCCCCCCAGCUCCGGGCCCUGCGGGGGGGCUGGUACUUUCACAGGAAUUUGCUCCGCCCCCAACCAGCCCGGGACACGGACCGGUACUUUCACUUCCCCUACUUCGGUACUUUCAGUUUGCAGCGCGGGUCAGGCCCAGGCGGGGGCUCGGCCCCGUCACUUCAGCUACAAAUGGCACAACAAUAACGAUGACGGGUCGGGUCUCAGACCCUCCGGCGGCAUGACCCCGUGUGCGGCACUGGGGCUGCAGCCUCGGAAACCUGUGAAGGAAACUGACACUGUGCAGAGGGUUUUCUCUGCUGAUCUUGGGCUGCUGCUGAGCUUCUGUCCAGCUGCCUGCCCUUGUCACACUCCUCACAACCAGAACUCUGUCGGGGUGUCUCUCUAGUGCGGAGGGAAGCCUGGGCAGACCAAGCUACGAUGAUGGGGAAGGUUCCCUCGUUCUCCCCCGGUUCCACAGUGAGCUCCGCUCUUCCCGGCUACAUCGCUCUCUGCCUCACUCUACAGGUUCACAGGCUGGUGUCAGCACAGUUCAGAGUGGCUGGACCUGACCAUCCAGUCAUUGCCUCCCUAGGUGGGGAGGCCAUCCUGCCCUGCCACCUCUCCCCCAGGAUGAGCGCUGAGAACAUGGAGGUGAGAUGGUUCCGAUCCCAGUUCUCUGCAGUUGUGCACCUGUACCAUGAUGGGCAGGAUCAGUACGGACAGCAGAUGCCGGAAUAUCGAGAAAGAACUGAGCUCUUAAGAGAUGACAUCACCAAUGGGAGUGUUUCCCUGAGAAUACGCAAUGUGCGACUCACUGACAAUGGACAGUACAAGUGUUUUUUUCAGUCCAGUGUCUCUUAUGAAGAGGCUAUAUUGGAACUACAGGUGGCAGGUUUGGGCUCUGCUCCUGCCAUCUCUGUGGAGGGACAUCAGGACGGAGGGAUCCGGGUUGUGUGUCAAUCAGCCGGAUGGUACCCACAGCCCGAGGCUCAGUGGAGAGAUCUCCAGGGGCAGAUCUUACCAUCAGCCUCUGAAAAAAUAUCCCAAGAACCUAAUGACCUGUUUCAAACAGAGAUUGCCAUUGUUAUACCAGAAGAGUCCAAUCAGAAAGUGUCCUGCUGUGUCAGGAACCUCCUUCUCAACCAGGAGAGAGAGACAGAGAUUUCCAUAGCAGAGCUGUUUUUCCCGAGGGUCAAUCCCUGGAUGGUGGCUCUGGGUGUGAUCCUGGUUCUCCUGGCUGUUCUCCUUCCCCUGUCCAGUUACUGCUUCUGGAAGCAGCACAGAGCAAAAGACAAACUCCAGGCUGAGCUCAGGUGGAGACGCGCCCAGAUCUACGCAGGUACUGUACAUACCACUGAUGUUUUAUCCAUGGUGAGGCUCCACCUUCCCCUGGGAGCUCUGUGCUCCUUUCCCUGCACAGAGCAUUUUCCUAUGACAUUCAAUAGGCUAGAAACAGCAAUGUCACUGGGGGCCCAUGGAAAGGGGCAGGCGACACCCCAGGUUUAUUGCACAGCAGGGACAUGCCCCCUUUGGGAAAGGGCUGAUUGGUGAGGGAAUACUGCCUCCUGGUGUCACCUUUCCAGGGCCUUACCUGGGCUCUGCAGGAUGGACAUUCUUAUCUGGCCAUCAUUUGCACUGAACUGCUCAGCUCCCUUCCCAGCAGCAGGGUUUCUAUGCUCAGACCAAGCUUUAGCCCACAAUUACCUUCUAGCAUAACAGGCCCAGACAGGAGCUGUUCAGUGUCCCCCUGGAUUUCGGGGGAGGGAGGCCCUGUCCCCACUGCAAGGGCAGACACGGUUUUAUAACCAGCUUGUGACACUCCCCUGACCCAAUUGCAACAAAUUGUGCCCAUGCGGCAGCUUUUCUGCCUCACAGCCGUGGCUGAGCUGUGUGUGUGCAGGGCCGGUGCGACCACUAGCGAACUAGGCG